ACUGCUAUGGGCGAGAUCAGGAUGCUGUUUGCUGAUCCCCAGAAACAUUGCAAUUAUACAGAUGGAGUACGACAUCGAUCAAAAAGAUAAACAUGCGAUAUUUUGCAAACAACCCCAAGGUAUAAGUGAAUUACAUUUUAAUGCUCUAAAAUGCAGCAAAACUGAAAAUGAUAUACGAAGAACAGUUGAUGAACAAAAUCCAAGUUUCGUCUUGCCAGAACAUCAUGACGGCAGAACAGUACCACCUUUAUUAGAUGACAAUAUGCCAAAUUUGACAGAUGGCGACAAAAAGGAUAAAAUGUUCAGCCACAGUUCAAAAUCACUUUAUUCAGACAAGCACUCGCAUGGGUUGCCUAUAGAUCGGACUGCAACACAAGGCGAAAAUCGACUAACAAUAGAAUUUGAUGAAUACAUACCAUCAUUUUGCCACGUAGUCAAAAACAAUUCCGUGUCCAUCAGAUCACUAGCGUCUAUAGGCAUGGGAUCUACUGAUGGAAGAAAAAUGGUUAUACGUCGUAUGCCGGCUACUCAUGAUGAAUUACUGAGCAUUGUGAAACCAUCUAUUCCUCAAAACGAUGACGAUUACUUUGAUGGUGAAAGUUUUGGGAUAUCUGAAAAUCUUGAGGAUUCUAACCUAAAGCCAAGGCGGCAACAUUGGGAAAACAAAAUGCAAUUUGUUUUAGCUUGUGUAGGCUAUAGUGUUGGAUUGGGAAAUGUGUGGAGGUUUCCUUAUCUAUGUUACAUGAGUGGGGGAGGUGUAUUCUUGAUACCAUAUUUCAUUAUACUUGUGGUGUGCGGCAUACCAAUGCUAUUCAUGGAAUUGGCGAUUGGCCAAUACACUGGUCGAGGGCCAAUUGGAGCUCUUGGCCAAGUUUGUCCUCUAUUUAAAGGAGCAGGUUUGGCGUCGGUUGUGAUAUCAUUUCUGAUGUCAACGUACUAUAGCGUGAUAAUAGCAUAUGCUAUUUAUUACUUUUUCACAUCGUUCAGAUCCGACAUGCCAUGGGCAGACUGCAGUAACCGUUGGAAUACACCAGACUGCUGGGUACCAGAAAGACUUAAAAACAAUAUUAGUCGCCCGGAACUCAGUCGGACGCCAAGUGAAGAAUUCUUUGAGAACAAGCUAUUAAAAAUUUCGCAAGGUAUCGAAUUCCCCGGUGAUAUACGAUGGGAGCUAGGAGCGUGUCUGGUUUGUGCUUGGGUACUAGUAUAUUUUGCAAUAUGGAAAUCCAUCAAAUCUUCAGCUAAAGUAAGAUACUUAACAGCCACAUUACCGUUUAUUCUAAUUCUUGUAUUUUUGGGAAGAGCGCUAACUCUUGAAGGAGCUGAUAAAGGUCUCCGUUACUUUUUCAGGCCAAAAUGGGAACUGUUGGGCGAAGCUAAUGUUUGGAUAAAUGCAGCUGCUCAGAAUUUCAAUUCAAUUGGAAUAUCAUUCGGUUCUAUGAUAUCGUUUGCUAGUUACAACAAGUACAACAACAAUAUAUUGCAUGAUACGUUGGCAGUGUCUGUCGUCAACGCAGCUACUAGUUUACUUGUUGGCAUUCUUGCAUUUGCAACGAUUGGAAAUAUCGCAUUAGAGCAGAACACAAAUAUUGAGGAUGUGAUUAGCGACGGUCCUGGAUUAAUUUUUGUUGUGUACCCACAAGCAAUAGCAAAAAUGCCAGCGUCUCAAAUGUGGGCAGUGUUAUUCUUCUUCAUGCUGUUAUGCCUUGGGCUUAACAGUCAGUUUGCCAUUGUGGAAGUAGUUGUAACAUCUAUCCAAGAUGGUUUCCCAAAUUGGAUUAGGAAAAAGCUAGUGUAUCAUGAGCUAUUGGUACUAAUAGUUUGCAUCAUAUCCUUCAUAUUUGGACUGCCAAAUCUGAUACAGGCUGGAAUAUACUUCUUUCAACUGAUUGAUCACUAUACAGCUUCUAUAUCUAUAAUGUAUCUGGCGUUCUUUGAAAUUAUUGCUAUAUCGUGGUUUUAUGGAGUACCAAGAUUAUCAAGAAAUGUAAAACAAAUGACUGGACGUGUUCCAUCCUUAUAUUUUAGAAGCUGCUGGCUUUUGGCUGCACCAAUGCUACUAUUUUCUUUAUGGAUAUUUUCGCUUAUUGAUUACGAAAAGCCCACAUAUCAUAAUGGAAAAUACCAUUAUCCAGGCUGGGCCUAUGCACUUGGUUGGUUUAUCGCUUCUGUAUCAUUAGCUUGUAUUCCCGUAUAUGCGAUUAUAAUGGUUCUUAGAGCUGAAGGUGAUAAUUUCCUAGAAAAACUAAAGUAUUCGAUAACUCCAGUUGUUUACGAAUGCAGUGUUUGUGGUGAACACAAUUGUGAACACAUGGAUAAUGAUUAUGCCGAAUCUGGCCAAGAAUUAUCUUCUAUGCUGAUAAUGCGACAUCCACAACAGGCCACGCUACUGAAGGCACCGCCUGCGUCUCACGUGAGACGUCACGUACCACUGAAUGAUGCUAAUGAGCAACAACAAGAAAGUACACCGCCAGCGCCUGAGGGUCAGGUGCCAAUUACAGAAGAUCCAAGCGAUGACACCAAUAUAGAAAAUAAAUAAAAGU